AGUAAUUCUCAGAAGCUUUGCGUCUAUUGCGUGUUGCAAUUUGCAAAUGAAUGAUUUUAUAACGAAGUAAAUAAAUGUUCAUUUUGCGACAUUGUUAAUUCUCUAAUGAAACACCAUAGAUGGAUUCAGAAGCAUAAAACAUGUGCAAACAAAGUAGGUCAAGAUAUUUCCGUGUUUGGGCCGUGAUCACGUUGGUUUUGUCUCUUACUUUGGGAUAUUUUUAUUCGUUCUGGUUUACAAUCAGCGAGAAUAACGAGGGAAAGGACAGUGAGGUGUUCGACCCCCAGAAAGAGAGAUGCAACGAUUUUAGUCCGGCAUUCCCGUCAGCUGGAGGUCCUGGCUGUAAAAUGAAGUGUGAACCUAAAGAUAGACAAGUAACUUCAACUUAUGCUGCAAUAUAUAUACCUUAACAAGACCCACAGUUGGCCUAAAGAAUUGUUGGACAAUAUGCACUUGGCUGCAACAAUUCUGAAGAAAUAUGGCACCCCUUGCAGCCUUGAUACAGAGAGAUCUGUCUACCUGCAUCUCACAUUUGAUUAUUACUGCUGCUACACAGAAAGCGAAGCUGUGAAGAUUGGGGAAUUCAUUAACUCCCACAGAUGGACUUCUCUGGUGAUAUCAUUUAACAAGAUGGCCUGUGCGAUUAGCUCUCAUGGUGACAUAGCAUCGCUUGUUUUAAUGGUUGACGAGGAAUCCCAGAAGAAACUACUGGAGUAUGCCCUUGAAAAUGAGCAAGAGUUGGAGAGGCAUACAGGUAUACCCAAGAAUAUUCCGCACACUCAACUUCAAGAAUUUCACAUGACACUUGCCACAGUGGACCAAAGAGAGUUCCCAGUGCAAGCGGCAUUGAAAGAAAUAAACAAUGUCAUUCAGCCUGGCAAAUGGCAUAGAACUCCAGUUGUUUUGCACAGACCAGUUUGCAGAAAAUGCGACCGACUAAUUUCUGCUUUGAAGAAAGAGAAUUUAUAGCGAUGGGCAAAUCUUGAUGUGGAAUAAUUUCAAGAAAUAAUAGUAGUCGUAGUCGUAGUUUUGGUUGACACAAGUUGGCAUUUCCACAGAUUCCUCGAUGCUUAGCCGCAGACUGAUUCUGCUGUCCUUAGACUGGACACGGCCCAAAGACCCUCCUCUCUCCCUGGGUCACGCCUCUAUCCUCGCCAAUCUAGUGAAGAAAGGGGUGAACGUCGCCUCUAUGGAAUACAGCGUGAACUCCCCGACCUACACCUGGACGCAGGUUGUCGAAGAUAUGGAGAAGACGUUGAAGUCAUUCGGUAAAAACCUAGCCAACACCGACAUAGGCAUCGGUGCUUUUAUUUGGAAUGAAAACUCGGUGCAAAAUAUAACAGAAUCUCUGAAGCAACGCGGGUUCCCUGGGCGUGUCAUUCUUGGGGGACCGCAGGUGUCGUAUUCGUCCCCGGGGAUUGAGCACGAAUAUCCUUACGCUGACGUUUUCAUUCGAGGCUACGCGGAAGAUGUGAUGUUUAAAUUGAUGACGUCGGAAGAGAACAAGCCGAUAAAAGGUGUUCACUACAAAGGUGAGCCCGAUUUAGCAUGGCGAAGCCAAGUCGACUUGGAUAAUUUGACCUCUCCGUAUCUCUCUGGAUUGAUCAAGCCACAGCCAUUUCUCCGGUGGGAAACUCAGCGUGGUUGUCCGUUCAUGUGCUCCUUCUGCCAGCAUCGGGAGAGUGGAGAUCAUUUGAAGAGAAGAAAUUUAUUGCCCAAGCGAGUAGAAGAGGAAAUCGACUUCUUCUGCGAAAACAACGUGCACGACUUAGCGGUCCUCGAUCCCACGUUCAAUUCCGGGCCAUUCUACUUGGACGUUUUGAGGCGCUUCGUGAGAAAUAAAUAUCGCGGAAAAAUAGCCCUGCAGUCGAGAUUCGAAAUGGUCAAAGAGCCGUAUCUAGACCUCUGUGAACAGUUAAACGAAACAGGUUUGGUUCAGUUGGAAUUUGGACUGCAGACAAUUCAUAGCAACGAAGCAAAAGCCGUUCGUCGGGGUAAUCCGUUGGAACGGAUUAAACGCUCCAUAAUAGACAUAAAUUCCCGUAAUUUACUCUACGAAGUGUCGAUCAUCUUCGGACUGCCCAAUCAGACCCUCGAGUCAUUUAAGCAAACCGUGCAGUUCUGUUUGGUUCAUAAAGUUCCGGUCAUCAAAGCUUUCCCCCUGAUGCUCCUCAGGGGGACCGAACUCGAGGAGAAGAAAGAGGAAUGGGAUCUAAUCGAGAGUCCCGUAUCGGCGGGGGACUUGAUCGAUAGAGUUCAAGAUGGUAUACCCCAUGUUGUUGCAAGUAGUUCGUUUACCGUUGAUGAUUGGUCGCGUAUGGCCGAGAUCGCAAAUAAUUUGGCGAGAACUGAGGGUAAUCAUCCUGCUAGUGUGGACGAGUUACUUAAUUGUCGAUUUUCUCAAGAAAACCAGACGGGUAAUAAUUGCAUAGCCAGAAUCCAGGAGUAUCAUCUUUAAUCCAGUCCUGUAGUGUAACUUGAAAUAUAGCCCACGGCAUUCUAAGCUAGGUUUUUAUUAUUAAAAAAUAUUACAAAAUAAGUAUGCAUAUAUUAUAAAUUAAAGUAAGUAUAUAGACAGCAUACGUAUAGUUGGGGUACCUAGUUAUGUUUGAAAACUCCCAGAAAUAAUUGUUGAAUAAUGUUGAAAUACAAUGCCUCAUCGGAUGCGCAUGCGUGGCUAACCACUAUGUAGUUGAAAUAGUAGCUUUUAAAAUGAGAAAAGUUUGGCAGACCUCGAUGUAU